CCUGGACCUGACUGUCUCAUUCUGGAGGCUUCCACACAGCUGCCAUUGAUACCCAAACCUGAGAGAAUGGCUUCAGAUGGAGCAUCUCCUCUGCCUGGACCAGAUGUGGCCAUGAAAGCUGGUGCUACCCACUCUCCUUUUACCACACUUCCCUUUCCAUCACCAACUCCUGGUCCACCAGACCAAGCACCCUGGGAGCCAUCUCCACAGCAUCCAGUGACUCCAGCAUUCUCUCCAGGAAACCCUCUGCUGCUUUCUGCUUUCCCAAGUUCACUGUUGGUGACAGGAGAUGGAAGUCCUGGCCCCAGGGCUGGGACUGGCCAAGUCAUUGUCAAAAUUAAGACUGAAGGGGGUCCUGCUGAGCCCUCUCAGACCCAGAAUCUUAUUCUUACUCAGACAGCUUGUAAUUGGAUUGCCUCAGGUGCUCCCUGUGAAGGUCCUGAUAGGCUUCCACCUAGAUACUUGACAGCCUCUAAUGUGAAGACCAUUCUACCCACUAUGGCUAUUGGAGUAAGCCAGGAGGUCCCCACAGGACUACCUCUUCAGGCUGCACCACCAGCUGCCCAACUGGCUCCCAUUGUACCCCUUGAGAAGACUUGGCCAAGGCCACAAGGGACAACUGGGGAAGGAGGCCUCAUGGCUGCACAGAAGCCCUUACAAGAUGACCUUGCCUGUGCUUCCAAGGGUGUUUAUGAGAACUUUCGACGCUGGCAGCGCUACAAAACCUUGGCCAGGAGGCACCUAUCCCAAAGUCCUGAUGUAGAAGCUCUUUCCUGCUUUCUAAUCCCAGUGCUGCGUUCCCUGGCCCGCCGAAAGCCCACCAUGACCCUAGAGGAGGCACUUCCUAGAGCUCUGCAGGAGUGGGAGUAUACCAGCAACUUUGACCGGAUGAUCUUUUAUGAAAUGGCAGAGAAGUUCAUGGAGUUUGAGGCUGAGGAAGAGCUGCAGAAACAGAAUACAAAGCUGAUAAGAGGCUCUCAGGGUCUCUCUCCUGUGACCCCUUUGAAACAUGAUCCGCCAGGGUCCCUGACCCCUGAGGCUUGCCAGCAGCCAGUGUACAUUCCAAAGAAAGCAGCCUCAAAGACACGGGCUCCUCGCCAGCGGCAGCGCAAAAGCCAAAGGCCUCCAGUUCUUCAGGCGCCAAAGGAGAUCCCACCAGAAGCUGUGAAAGAAUAUUCUGACAUCAUGGAAGGGCUGGUGAGGAGUCCCUUAAACACAGGGAGGUCACAUGGAAAACAGGAGGAAGAGGAAGAAGAGCAGCAAGAGGAUGAAGGGAUAUAUCCAGAUCCAAGACUCCUGAGUUACUUUGAUGAGCUAUGUUCUCAUGAAGUCUUUGUCUCCAAGGUGGAGGCCAUCAUUCACCCUCAAUUUCUGGCAGAUCUGCUGUCCCCAGAGCAACAGAGAGACCCUUUGGCUUUAUUUGAAGAGCUGGAGCAAGAGGAAGGACUCACUUUCGCCCAGCUGGUCCAGAAGCGACUUUUGGCCUUGGAAGAUGAGGAAGAUACACAGCCACCUCCAAGUAGAACUCAGUCAGAUUCAAGUCCUUCUGUUUCUGAUGAAGAGGAAGAUGGGGGUCAGCGGCCUCGGACCACCCUUGGGCCUCAUGGGGCUGGGGGCACUAUUCGCAUUCAAAUGUCUGCUUCUCCAGGCAAGCAGGCAAGAGAAAUACAUGAUAGGCAGGAGCAAGCUCUAGGUAGUUCAAGAGGGAUGUGCAAGGAUGGGCACACUCUGCCAGCUUCCAGCAGCUGGGGCCUGGAGCUAGAACCCGCAGUUUCACGGGGAAUGCAAGAAUCCUUGGGUAUGCAGGGAAGGAGAUGUGGGCAGGUUGUAAGCCAGCUGUCUGUACAACAGGAUGGCCACCUGGGAGGUGCUGGGUCCCCUAGACACUACCUAGUUGCAGAUAGGACUUCAGAGGCUUUGUCCCUUUGUUGGCAAGAAAGUGCUCAGCCUAUGAGAGGCUCCAGUUUGGAUGCUGGACUUACAGAGCCAGCUCUUCUACAAGGACAUGGGUUAGAAAAGCAGGUCCUUGGAAUACAGGCAGGUCAACAGGUGGGGGAAGAGAUAGUGCUUACUCAAGGAAGAGAAUCUUCAACAGUGUCCCAGGAAGGCUCUUCGAGAACCGUGUGGGGAGGUCCUCCCAUGGUUCAGAAGUCCUCUCCUAGAGGAGCUGGCAGCCAAGACAAGGUUUCUGUCGGCCCAGGACUUUGGCUGAGCAGUGAAAUGGAUACUUUAGGCUCGGAGUUGCCCAUACAAGUUGGAAGGGUCAUAGAGAGCCCCCAAGAUGGGGAAUAUAUACAAGGGCAUGAGACACUGGGAUCCAGAAGCAGCAUUUCUCUGGGUCCUGGACAAACUUCAGCACCUGGGGAUGUGGGGGGCAGCAUGGUUCCUUGUGCAUGCACAGAUGCCACUACUGUGAAAAAGAGAAACUUCUGUAGCCUGCCAGGGCCUCUUGUGGGCACCAAACCAGCUCUGGGGUCCAAAGAAAAGGGAAAUCAGAGUCCUGAGACCACCCAAGAUCCCAGUGAUCUGUGGGCUGAAGGCUGUACCCCACUGCUGGAAAGAAUUGGUGUCCCCACACUGGAGUCUUCCAAAGACUCCCAGGUGCCCACAUGCCAAGGCAAUCUCUGUAUCCUUGGGAUCCAGACUAGCCAAGAGGCUGAGAGCAAAGGCAAUUCCCUUUUUGCUCUGUUGGAAACCACAGAACAUGGUAACAUGCUACAUGUUAGAGAUAAGAGUGACCCACAAGCAGGGGCCAGUGACGAUUCCUGUUCACGCAAUUUUAAGUCUUAUGACCUCCAACGAGGGGGUAGGGAAGAUUCUACUUCAUCCAAGCCCAAUGAUCUUGUUCCGUUACAAAGCCAUCAAGAAUCUUUCACACUUGGAACCCCCAAAUCAACAUUUCACCAGGCCCUUGGAGGCACCUCCCUUAAAUGGGGAGCUAGGGGCACUUCAGUUCUGAGAGAAACAUCUACUAGCAAAACCAGCAGUUUAGCACAUAGGGCCAGAGGACGGGAGAAAGAGGAAGAUGAGGAACUCUCCAACUUUGCCUACCUCUUGGCCUCAAAACUUAGCCUGUCUCCAAGGGGUCUUUCCCUUGGUCCUCACCAUGCCGCUACAGACCAAGGAGUCGAGAAAGUAUCCUACACUUCUGCUGAGCCAGGAAGCUUUGGCCAAACUCCAUGCCCUGCUACCAAGUCUGGGAAGCAAGCUGUAGUUGGAGGCCCAGUCCCUGCUGUAAAGAAAUUGCAGCCAGGUCAGCUUGGGGUCUCUGGGGAGAAACAUUUGGCUCUGGGAGUGGUACAAUCCCCGCAGCCUCGUAAAAGACGACGUGACAGCCUUGUCACUGGCAGAAGAAAGAAACGACGUCGUAACCAGUAG